CACUGCGCAGCUGCUUAGAGCUUACGCGUGUUGCUGUCUGUAUGGCCUCCACGCUCCACGUAUAUUGAAAUGGCAGUAGUCGGAAAGAAGAAGUCUGCCGGUGCCACAUCUCGAUUAUGGGCAACAUUACGCACAAUAUGGCAGGAGAAGCAUCUCAUAUUAUUCAAAGCGGAAUACACUUUGCUAGUUACAGCACUCCUCUGGUUUUUGGAAAUCGGUGUCAACAUAUGGGUCAUUCAAAAAGUUGCAUAUACAGAAAUUGACUGGAAGGCCUACAUGGAUGAGGUUGAAGGAGUCAUCAAUGGGACUUACGACUAUACACAACUCAAGGGUGAUACGGGGCCACUGGUGUACCCAGCUGGUUUUGUUUACAUCUUCACUGCAUUAUACUACGCCACUGACCAUGGGGCGAACAUCCGACUUGGGCAGUAUAUUUUUGCUGUUUUCUACCUGAUCACCCUUUUGCUUGUAUUUCGGAUCUACAACCGCACUAAAAAGGUUCCUCCAUACGUGUUCUUCUUUGUGUGCUGUGCAUCGUACCGCAUUCACUCCAUCUUUGUGCUACGUCUCUUCAAUGACCCUGUGGCCAUGAUGCUCCUCUUUGGCGCUGUUAACCUCUUCCUGGAUGGACGCUGGACCCUGGGCUGUGGAAUCUUCAGUUUAGCUGUGUCUGUGAAGAUGAACGUCCUCCUGUUUGCCCCUGGCCUCCUCUUCCUCCUCCUGUCAGAGUUUGGUCUGAUGAAGACCAUCCCUAAACUGACUCUCUGUGCCGCCAUCCAGCUGUUGCUGGGCUUGCCCUUCCUGCUGGAGAACCCUGUGGGCUACAUGAGUCGGGCCUUUGACCUGGGCCGGCAGUUCCUCUUCAAGUGGACAGUCAACUGGCGCUUCCUGCCCGAGUGGCUCUUCCUCAACCGAUAUUUUCACCUGGUGCUGCUGCUCUCCCACCUGAUCACGCUGGCGCUGUUUGCCUGGCGCCGGUGGAAGAGGCCUGGAGAGAGCAUGCUGGCUUUGCUGAAGGACCCUGCUACAAGGGAUGUCCCAGCUCAGAAACUUACCUCUGAUCAGGUGGUUCUGGUGCUCUUCACCUCUAACUUCAUCGGCAUGUGCUUCAGCCGCUCGCUGCACUACCAAUUCUACGUGUGGUACUUCCACACACUGCCCUACCUACUGUGGAGCGGAGGAGUCAAGAAGAUGGCCCACCUGCUCAGGGUACUGAUCCUUGGGCUGAUCGAGCUGUCGUGGAACACUUACCCCUCCACCAACUACAGCUCCCUCUCCUUGCAUGUGUGCCACCUCAUUGCCCUGCUGUGCCUGUGGUUCAACCCCACCCCGGCUGCCCAGGAGAAGGCCAAGCGCCGCUGAGGUCAAAGUUCACCUACCAACCUGCCAAACCCCACUAAACCGUCCCCACCCUGAAAGCGACGGAGGGCAAGACACAGAGCUGUGCCCCCUCCCUCCGCCCUUUACUUGCUUCUUAUUGGUCAAGAUGACCAGUAGGAAGCUGAGGGACCCAAUGGGGUGAACACCAGUCUUACCAAAUCAGUACAGCCGUUAACAUCUUCUGAAGCUGUUCCUGGGUUUGUCUCGUUUUUGUUUUCAUUUGAAUCCGAAGGGUGUUUUUGGACCACUGUAAGGUACAGCUUUAACCUGUGUCUGAGGGGGUGGCUAUGAGAACUCUCAGGACUAAAGGAAUUGACGGUAUUCUUAAAUGUAAGAUGAGGAGGGUGUUUUUGGUUUUGUUCCUUGAUGGCCAUUAUAAGGAGGAGUAGUUGUCCUUUUGUAUAUUUUCUUAUUUCAUUAUAUUUUUGCUGUGUGGUAUUGCUUUUACAUUUGGGGUAUGAACCCCAUAGUGAUGAUUUUAAACAAUGUGAACGGCGUGUAGCCAAAGAGUCUUUAGCAAUAUCAUGUUUCUGUUACUGUAACAUUGAUGAAUACACAUUAUUUUAGAAACCGUCCAAAAAGUGGUUUAUAUGUGCAUAAUGUAUUUAAUUAUAUCAGGGAGUUUCUGAAGUUUACUGCAAAUUAAGCUGACUUUUUUUUUUUUUUUUUUUUUUUUUUAACCUUAUACCACCGCCCUCCCUCCCCCAGCAGGUGCA